AUGAACCUCACUGACUUCCUGCAAUCGCUGGAGGCGUCGCACCUGGCCAGGCUCUACGACCACCAGUGGACCGUGCAGGCCGUCUUCCGGUCGCUGCCGCCCGUCGCCAAGCAGUACGCCCUGAGGCUGCUGUUCGUGGACCCGGCGGAGCACGUGCCCGCGGUUGUGUUCGACAGCUGGAUCAAACCCGAACACCGGAGCAAGCACGAUUCUGCCAAGGCCAACCUAACAAAGCUCCAGGUGCUCAUCUACUCGGAGAGAUCAGGAAGCCCUGGGUAUCGCCUUCACCCCAAGUUUCAAGCGCUGCUGAAGUUGGCUGUGUGCGGGGGGGGGACAAUUCAUGCCACAGUACCGGCUGACGUCGUGCCACACAUCCCAUCACGAAGUGCUCUGAAUGCACAUGCAGAGGGUCAAUGGGAGGCAAUGCUCCUGUACUUGGUUGGAACCAGGGGGUCCCCUCCAGACAUCCAAACUGGACUGGAGGUGGAGCCAUUGCCCUUCGAUGAGCUCUUCAGGGGUGCUGGUUUGGUGGUGUCUAACAGGAGUUCAGCUCGAUCCCACAUCAGUGAUUCAGGCUUCCAGUUCCUUCUUCUGGACACCUCCAGUCAAGUGUGGGUCGCCAUCAGCGAAUACAUAAGCCAAGCAGAGAAAACAAUGGGCGUGAACAUGUCUGAGGUUGUCAGCUUCCUGCUUGAAUUGGCUUUCCGGCCAAUGACGCACCCGGGGCACAUGCGGGACCUCAACCAUGGUCAAAGCAGGGUGGCUGCACACAUGACGCAGCUGGGCAUCAUGAUGAUGUUCAAGGCUGGCACAUCGAUAAUGUAUUGCCCCACACCGCUGGCCAGGUGCCUGUGCAACAGCUCUACAGCUGGUGUGGGGGGAUCGCAGCAGCAGGGCUUCAUUGUCGUGGAGACCAACUACAAGCUGUAUGGCUACGUAACGUCUGCCAUCCAGCUGGCUAUCUUGGAGCUCUUCACUCGCCGCGAGUGCCGCUUGCCCAACCUGUUCGUUGGAAGCAUCAACCGCGACAGCAUCGCCAACGCCCUGUCUUGCGGCAUAACCGCUGAGCAGAUCAUCUCCUACCUACAGGCGCACUCACACCCCAAGAUCAACCACAGGGUGCCAAUUGUGCCAGAGGUUGUGGCAGAUCAGAUUCGGCUGUGGGAGGCGGACAUGUUGCGUGUCAAAACCCUGCCGUCUGUGCUGUACGACGAGUUCCCGUCGCGCUAUGUCUUCACGGAAGCCACUUCCUAUGCUCAGCAGAAGGGCGUGUACCUGUGGGACGACGGCAAGUCGAAGCUAAUUGCUAAGCUUGAAGGCGACCAAGAGAUGCGAACGCGCAUAAAGGAGCUGAGAGGCAGGUAA